AUGCUCACGCCAAUGGAAGGUAAUUUGUAGAGCGAAAUUUCCUGCUUAUCUGAUGGUAAAUGAGGCAAAUGCUAAGUCCGGAAUUAACUGAAGCGGAACCAUUGACUUCCGAAUAAGGAGGCGGUGGGAUUCACCGAGAAACACAGGAAACACCCAUUGAAUUUUUGGAAGGGAAUAUCGAGUUUCUUCACAAAAUACCGUAUUAACAUUAUCUUUCAACCUGCAGUUGAUCAAAUCAUAGAUUCAGUCAACAUAUGAUCAUACAACUGAUCCAGCUCCGGUGAUUUUUAAAGAACAAGUCAAGAAAGAUGCUGAUUAAAGUGAAGACGCUCACUGGCAAGGAGAUAGAGAUUGACAUAGAGCCCACAGAUAAGGUGGAGCGGAUUAAAGAAAGGGUGGAGGAGAAGGAGGGGAUUCCUCCCCAACAGCAGAGGUUGAUCUACAGUGGAAAACAGAUGAAUGAUGAGAAAACAGCAGCUGACUAUAAAAUCCAGGGAGGCUCCGUUCUCCAUCUGGUCCUUGCUCUGCGAGGAGGACAGGUGCUCCACUCUCCCAGAAGCCUCUACUCCAAGCCUGCAUUGUAGCCAUCACCACAAAACAUGCCUUAGCUUUUGUAAUGCCUACACUAAGAGGAUACACUGAAGACACAUGGCCACCGGUUGCAGAGUCACCUGGUGGCAUUGAAGGCAACACAGAACCAUUGGUAGAAAGAUUUAGAUCAGGUUCUGCCUGUGGCAGCCUAUUCUUUUCAGCCAAAAAUGUGCCGGCUGCAAACAUUUCCCCCACUGUAAUGGCGAGACACUCCACAUGUUAAAACUAGGCUGGUGGAAAAGGCAAAGUUACUCUCAAAAUUAAACAAGCUUUGGCUCUAGAUUCAUAACGCAGAGCUAAUUUGGCUGCUGUGGAAAACGUAUUUGAUUUUUUGUGUUUAUUUCAACAGCUCUGAAGGGAAGGCUGAGUUUCCCAAAGCAUUUAAGCAGAAACAUUAUCUUUGUUCCACUUAUACACAGUGAAGCAGAGAUAAUUAUAGCAUAAAGAUGCUUUGGGGAAACCCAUUUUUGGGUGACAGUCCCUGCCUUCACAGUGACAUGAACUAAGGUUUCUGUUUCACAUGUUUUAUCCUGUUCUCCACAAAUUGCCCCAACUCACAUAGUAUAAUUAUCUGAAGCUACUGUAUCAAUGUAUCGAAAGUCAUUUCCUCUUGUGAAGCACCUUUGUUAGAUUUGUGAAGGACGGAGGUUCUGUACAGUUGCCAGGAAACCAGCAGUCCCAUGCAUAAAAAAGAUCAUUUUAAACUUUGUUUUAAUGAAUGGACAAAAAUGAGAGUGGUAUACAUCUUCUAAUCUAACAUUAAGUCUACACUAGAAAGUGAAUAAGCAUAUUUCCUACGAUGUCAAAGUAUCCCUACAAGGAAAAACUAUUUGUAUGUCAGGAAAACCUCCUGCCACUUACUCUAGAUCAUGUAACACCCAGUGUGCAUUACACCUGCUUCAUAAUUAGACUGAGCAUGUCCAUUCAAUAGGUUAAUGUUUUAUAUAAUUUCAUGUGGAUUUAAUUUGUUAAGAGUAAUUUGUUUUUGUGCCGAUGGCGUAUUUUACUGUUGCAAGAAGACAAGGUGCGAGACAACUACGAUCCUGUCUGACAACAACUUAAGUUUACACAGACAUUGUUUAGGUUUGUUUGAAUGUACAGAGAAGCAGUGUUGACUUUUGGGGUUGCUGUGUAAGCACCCACAUGCCCUCCCCCUCAGUGUGCACAGAAUAGUGUGAUUCUGGCCAAUGCCGUGGGUUUGUUUGUGAGUAGAAUAAAAUUAUGUUAAAGCUAAAAA